CAGCUCCCGUUCUUCAAUCACUUAAGGACCCUAUGCAUGCUCAAUUGAAAGUCACGAAAUAGACGCUGAGAAGAUUUACGCGAAAUAAAAGAUGGGCACCCCCUGUAUCAUCUACUCAUGUGACCGUCAGAAGAGGGAAACAUGCAUGCUAACAACAAUGGAGACGCUUCUACACGACGCCAGGAAACUCUUUGAUUUUGGACAAGAUGACCAGCUCUCUGUUGUUCUGGAAAGGGAAGGAGCUAGGAUAACCAAAGAAGACGUUCUUCAUGGCAUAGCUAAGAAAAGAGAUGUUUUAGAGCUGAUGAUCCUGAAUCUGACAAGACAAGAAUCAUGGGCUCCGGAAGAAGUGCCAAGUAAACUGACUAGCCCACAUAUACAGACGAUCAGCGUCAAACAAAGCCAAAACAUCCAAAUAGGAGACAGCAACAGGUUUCUUCAGGCAGAUUAUACAGGGGAUGUAGAAGAUGCACAGGUUGGCAUGUCGGUGCAAGAAGACAAAAAAGCAUGA